AUGGCUCCCUCAAUCCUGAUUAUCGGUGCAACCGGUAACACUGGCCGAAGUGUUACUGAAACGUUGCCAGAGCCACUCAAAGCUACAAAGUCUCUGUCUGAUCACCGAGUCAUUGGUCUCACACGUUCCCUGGAUAGUCCGGUCUCCAAGCAGCUCGCAAAAGUGCCUGGUGUCGAGAUGGUCGAGCAGAAUUGGGUUGAAAUCACCGCCGACUGGCUCCGCGAACAUGAGGUAGUCAGGGCAUUCAUUGCAUCACACAAUGCACCCAACCAAUUUGCUGAAGAAUCAACAUUCCAUUUGGCUGCCCUGAAAGCUGGAGUCAACAAUUUGCAGUGGACUUCGCUCCAGCCCAAUGUCUUUUCACCGUUGUAUCUAUUUACAGCCGCGGAGUUUAUCAGGCAGUACCGCAAGACUGGGACCCAAGACACUUUGAAGUUAAUGGCGGCAAAGGAUGCUCCUGUCGGCAUUGUUGAUCCCGAUGAGGUUGGACGUUUUGCAGCUCUUCUCUUGUCCCAGGAUGACACUACUGUACACAACAAAGCCAAGUACGUGCUUAAUGGUCUGGAGGAUGUCACCGGGGCCCAGAUCGUCAAUAUGGUUGAGCAGCAUACCGGUACAAAGGUUCAACAUGUUAGCUAUGAAGACAUGUCGUUUGUUGAUUCAUUUCUCGACGCUGGAUCCCUGGGAGCCCAACAAUCUACGAACGUUAUAUUGUCCAUAAAAUACGCUCCGGUGACGGCGUGGGAAGGGAAGUGCAUGGCCGCUACAACCAGCAAGGAAGUGCUGGAGCUUGCUGCACCAAAGCGUACACCUGUUGAUGUGUUGAGGGAUUUAUUGGAGGUGUAG